CGAAUUAAGUGGCGGGGGGACUUCGCAGAGGUGGGGACUGCGAAAGAAAUGUCGCCAUCCACCUCCACCCCUCGCAGCCGCUGUGUUUUGCUGCAGUGCCUUCUCGGACCGUGCUCUUAUCCAACGCAGCCUCUCGCCUCUUUACUCCAGAGUAGUUCUCUCCCUGUUUAACUCGCAGCCCUUUCUGCCUCGGGCCCCUCUUCCUUUGCAUUACUGAAGCCGUGAGCAAAGUUCGUAAGCCGGGAUGCAUGAGGAGGCUCGGAUGGACCCCGUGCAGAAAGCGGUGAUCAACCACACUUUUGGGGUACCUGUAGCCAAGGCCAAGCGCCCCAUCAUCUCUUGUAACGUCUGCCAGAUCCGCUUCAAUUCUGAGAGCCAGGCUGAAGCGCACUACAAGGGAAACCGCCACGCCCGGCGAGUAAAGGGAAUUGAGGCUGCCAGGACGCGGCAGAAGGAGUCCGGAGCCCGCGAGGGAGACAAGCCAGGGCCCGUUGGCAGUCCAUCCUCCAGCACUGGGGAAAGCGAUUCUGACCGCACAGCAGAACAGCUAAACGGCAUUGGGGGUGCAGUCACGGUGCCCCCUCUGCCAGCUCCAGCUUCUCCAGAUAAGCAGGCCUGCCUGGCCUCUCCAGCCGCUGCCGCAACGCCCCACUCGGCCCCCUGCCCUGAACCAAGCCAGAGUUCCACAAGUGGGCCAGCCUGGGGUACCAAGGUGGCCGAGAUCUCAGCGGUGGCAGCUGCCGCACCAGCCGCUUCCGGGGUGGCUCCCCAGAGCAAUGGCAGCACCAAGCCCGACGAAGAGAAGGCCAAGAAGCUGUUGUACUGCGCACUCUGCAAAGUGGCUGUCAAUUCGCUGUCUCAGCUUGAGGCUCACAACAAAGGCACAAAGCACAAGACUAUCCUGGAAGCACGCAGCGGGUUGGGACCUAUCAAGGCAUAUCCACGCCUGAGCCCCACGGCUGGAGGGGAGCCAGGCAGCCAAGAUCCCAGUGCUCAGGAGAGAACCUUCCACUGUGAAAUCUGCAAUGUCAAAGUCAACUCGGAGAUCCAGCUCAAACAGCACAUUUCCAGUCGGCGGCACCGGGAUGGAGUAGCCGGGAAGCCCAACCCCUUGUUGAGUCGGCACAAGAAGCAGCGAGGCAUGGCAGAGCUGCCGAGCUCCCUGGCCUUCCCCAAGGAGCUUCCCAAGUCACUGGCAGCUGGACUGCUGCCCAAUCCACUGGCCGUAGCAGCCGCCAUGGCAGCAGCUGCCUCCACGCCCCUGACGCUGCGACCAGCCCCGACGCCGCCACUGUUGCAGGGCCCGCCUCUGACUCACCCGCUACUGCGCCCAGCUCCGGGGCCCAUCCGAACUGCACAUGGACCCAUCCUCUUCUCGCCGUACUGAUGCCACCCUGUCCGCCCACCUGCCUGCCACAAUCCUGGGACUCCUGGCACCACUGGAACCGCCCCCCAGCAACUAGCAACCAGUCCCAGCAAUGUCACAUGGCAUCCGGUCCCAUCCGACAGGAGCAUUUUACUCCCCCCUCCCCCCUUUUUUUCUUUUUAACUGGAAAUGGAUUUAUUUUUCGGAGAAGAGAAAAGGGACAACCCCACCCUUCCACCAACACAUGCACACACACAUGCACGCACACCACAGUGACUCCCCACCCCUUCCAGGGGCCUGGCCAAAUCUGCACAAGUGCUAGGCUCCCCCAUGGGUGGGCUGGGGUGCUCGUGCGUGCGUGCGUGUCUGUCGCAUCUCUCGAGGUACGAAAGGCUGGGGAGUGGCAGUGCCUCCCCAGGACUCCAUGGAGCACUGAAAGGGGAGGCAGUUCUGGUACCUCAGGGACUGAUCAGCAAGCAAUUUCCCUUCAUCCCAGAGCUAAGGGGGGCCCUUGGCCCCCCCCAUACAAGCCAUUGUCCACUUGCACUGAGAGGCGGGGGUGUGUGUGUAUGUGUGAGUGUGUGUGUGCACGGGACAGAAGACAAGGGCCUCUAGAAAAAGAGUCCCUACUGCAAUAAUGCUGGCCGGCACCUCCAUGUACAUGCCCCUUGAUUCUGCACCCCACCCCACCCCUGUGCUCAUACCAUCCUCACUGCGCUUCCAUGCAACAGGGGCCCCCCGUGGGCCCCUCACCACUGCACUUCUAGAAGAGACUGGCCGAGCAAGUACUGUGUUCCUGCUUCCCAUGCCCCCUCCCCAGUUCCUUCUGCACCAAGAGGGAGAUGGGCAUCCGCCCACUGAGUCGAGCUUGUCAACUCGGGAGGAACCAGGGAGCCUCCUCAUCUGAAUCAAGGAAAGCACCACACUCAUCGCCUACCCUGGAAACAGCCAUGACGGGCCUCCAAGAAGAAGGGUCAGGAUCCCUCCCAAGGAGUUGCUUGCAUCUCUUUCUGCCUGUAGACCUUUCCUUUGGGUUAUUUUCCAUGGUUGCCAUGGUAGCACAACAUCUCUCCCUGGCCUUCCCCUUGCCUCUUUCUGCAGCACUGGGUUCCCAUCCCUUUUCUUGAGCAAGUGGGACGUUAACCAAGAGGCCAGGUUGUUAGUGUCCUGGAGAUUAAGCAGCUCCCUCCUAAAGCCCAGCCCCGCCCAAAGCGCAUAAAAUUCCAGAUGCUUGUUAAAUUCCCUGGCACUCGUCCUACUUGGCGCCUAUUGGUGGACUGUGUGUGUGUGUGCUUAUUAACGGAACAAUGAAGGUUCAGGUUUGUUCUCGUGCGCAUGCCAUGGUCUGCAGUUUCCCAUCUCCCCAGGCAGAAGAAUAAUGCAAGGCUCCAAACAGAUCCCCACAGCCCAGGGAGGAAGGUCUUCCAUGCCAUGGCUGGUAUCCUGGCCACCACUACUCUCCCCUGCCCUCUGCCCCUUACAAAACUGUGACUGAAGUUCAGAGCAAUAGAGACACUGGCGUGCUGGGGGGAGGGGGACCCACCUUCCCCCCAUCCGGCAUGAAUCACGCCAGCCCUGUCCCGUGUUACCUCAGUCCUAGAAGCCCCCAGGGCAAUGUCUCCCUCCAUCUACCCACUCUGCCCAUACCCCAGGUGUCCUGGUCACCCCAGAGUGUCUGUCUCUGUUCACCAUCUAUCUGUCCAUGCUGAACUUUCUUCCUGCCUGUCUCUCUCUCUCUCUCUUUCUCUCUCUUUCUCUCUCUCUCUCUCUCUCUCUCUCUCGCUGACACCAAUGCCUUUCUGCUUCAUCCCAUAUCGCUCCUUUGAUUCUGCCCCUGCCUCCCUACCCUUUGACAACAAUAAACAAAGUGAUAAGGCUCAUCUACA